CCCCAGGUCUCCAGCCACCCUGCUCUUCCUGUUCUCAGCUUCCGUCCUCUCAGCUUCCUUACAGCACCCCCACCUGCCAGAGCUAAUCCUCCCUCGGCCCUGCCUAACCUUGAGUUGGCCCCCAAUCCCUCUGGUUGCAGAAGUCCCCUUACCCCUAAUGAGAGGAGGGGCAGGACCAGAUCUUUUGAGAGCUGAGGGUUGAGGGUAUUGAGCCAACACAGACUUGUCAUCUCUACCCCUGAAGACACCUGCACCCUCCAUGCGGAGCCAAGAUGGGGAAUGGAACUGAGGAAGAUUAUAACUUUGUCUUCAAGGUGGUGCUGAUCGGCGAAUCAGGUGUGGGGAAGACCAAUCUACUCUCCCGAUUCACGCGCAAUGAGUUCAGCCACGACAGCCGCACCACCAUCGGGGUUGAGUUCUCCACCCGCACUGUGAUGUUGGGCACCGCUGCUGUCAAGGCUCAGAUCUGGGACACAGCUGGCCUGGAGCGGUACCGAGCCAUCACCUCGGCGUCGGGCCACUCCGGCGCCGGCCGAGGUCAUACCUCUUGUUACCACCGCGCGCAUGACGACGAUCGUGGCCUUCAGCAUGGUCACGUAGAGCCCUCCUUCGCCAUCGCUCACACCACAACCGCACAUAGGUCUGUUAACGGUGUGUUUCCCUUCCUGGCAGAAAACAAUGGACUGCUGUUCCUGGAGACCUCAGCCCUGGACUCUACCAAUGUUGAGCUCGCCUUUGAGACUGUCCUGAAAGAGAUCUUUGCGAAGGUGUCCAAGCAGAGACAGAACAGCAUCCGGACCAAUGCCAUCACUCUGGGCAGUGCCCAGGCUGGGCAGGAGCCUGGCCCCGGGGAGAAGAGGGCCUGUUGCAUCAGCCUCUGACCUUGGCCAGAACCACCCUGCCCCCACUGGCUUUUUGGUGCCUCUUGUCCCCACUUCAGCCCCGGGACCUUUCCUAGCCCUUUGGUUCCAAAUAUCAGACUGUUCCCUGUUCACAGCACCCCCAGGGUCUUAAGGUCUUCAUGCCCUAUCACAAUACCUCUUUUAUCUGUCCACCCCUCACAGACUAGGACCCUCAAAUAAAGCUGUUUUAUAUCAAUGCCUGGUCA